UUUCACGAAGUGUAGAUAAUGACUCAACAAAUGUCAACAAUAGAAGGGUCUCCUGAGGAUGUGAAAAUGUCUUUUGAAGAUUUAAGGAAGCGAGCACGUCAGCUUGAGAGUGAGAUUGAUGUUAAGUUAGUGUCGUUCAGCAAGAUAGCAGCCAGCUAUGGCACUAAUGUGGCAUCCAGCAGUAACAGUGAGACUAUGGCACUGCUCUCUGGCGACCAAAUGUAUGAGACCAUUGCAGUUGAGCUGGAACAGUUGUUAACAGCCCUUACAGAUAUAAAUGAGAGAAUGAAUAGUUGUCCCCAUGGAUCAUCAGUUGCCACCAUACAUACCUUGCAACGACACAGAGAUAUUCUUCAGGACUAUACACAUGAAUUUCAGCGCACUAACAAUGCCAUAAAAUCGAGAAGAGAGCGUGAGCAGUUGCUUGGAAAUGGAAGAAACAAUGGAAAGAGCCUAGCUGGCCUCUCUCGGAGGGACCUUUACCUCAAGGAGAGUGAACACCUCAUAAGCUCUGAAGGAAUGAUAGAUGAACAAAUCACAAUUGCUGUGGAAACAAGAGACCAUCUCAAGAGUCAGCGUGAAGCAUUCAAGAUGAUACAGACUAAAGUGAAUGAUUUAUCAAACAGGUUCCCACUUGUUAACACACUCAUGACAAAAAUUAACAUUCGUAAAAGACGUGACAGUCUCAUUCUUGGUUCUGUUAUUGGCAUUUGUCUAACAUUUAUGCUUUGGUGGAUGUUUUUCUAACAAAAAUGUAAGGAGAGUUAAUAAUCAAAUUAGAGAAAGUAUUACAAAUGGUGAGAAUAUUUUCUUUAUGUAGAUUGAAAAUGAGAAACACCAAGUGAAUGUGCAGUAUUAUGAUAUUGCCAUCAUUAACUUGUUCUGUAUAGUUAUAGAAAAUAUUUUCAGGUGAUAACCUUAAAUAAUAAAAAUAAAUGAUGCAAAUAU